AGAUCUGGGCGGUUUGUUUACAUUUGGUCGAAGAAGAGAUAAAAGGCUGUGCUGGGCCCCCAGGUGUGAUGGUGGUGGUGGUUCUCACCUGGCCAUAAUGAUCAGGAAUGUACUCGUAUUAAUCUGUUUUGCAUCGCGCACAUUCCUGCCUUCCGUGAUCACACGAUUCCGCAAUGAAUAAAGUUUUAGGGUGUCCACUGGGCUCGUGGAAGUAAGCUUCCGACGGAGAGAAACGGAUAAACAUUGAAGAAACGGGAGAGGAGAAGUACUGUACGGCACAGUGGAGGAAAUGUCAAGGGUUGUGAACCAGACCCGACGACGUGAUUGCCAAUUCAAUGGCUGACGUAAGAUGACCAUUAGGGUUAAUCCCAUGGCAAAAUGUUGGAUGGCUUGAACACUUCUCAGCUCUCAAAACUGGAUCCUGGAUGAAGAGAUUGCCAGUGUCCUUGAAAUUUGGAUUGGACACUAGUACUCCUGUUUGGGUGAUGUCAGAGACUUCCUCCAAACUUUUUAUAUCAAAAUGAAAGCAUAAACAUAAAGAUUCAAAAAUGAACAAGACUUACCCAAAAAGAAGGCCCCGUGGGAGGCCCAAAAAGAGAAAAAGUAGAGAAAGACUUCAGAAACAUAAAGAAAUGAGUGAAAGAGAUGAUGAAGAGGAGGAAAUCAAAACUGAAGCCGAUGCUGUUGAGACACAGACUGAAGAAGAUACUGCCAUCGUCAGAACAGAAGAAGAGGUGGUGAAGGAAGUGUGUAGCCAGGUAGAGAACAAUGCUGUUGACACUCAAACAGAAGAGGUGCCUCCUGUCAUUGAUGAAGAAACCAAUACAGAAAUUCCUCAUAAUGAAGAUGAAAGUACUACGAAAGAAAAUGAUGAUAGCAGUUUUCCAAAGGAAAAAAUUACUGCUGUAACUCAGACAGAGAAUUGUGCGGCUACCACACAGACUGAUGAUGAUAUUAAUUCUUUUUCUGCUCAUCUUGAAAGUAACGGUGUCUUGAAUUUAAAAAUAACAAGGAAGGAAAUAAAGGAAGAAGUGAAAGAGGAGGAGGAGGACGAAGAAGAAGAGGAGGAGGACAUUGAAGAGCCACAACCCCGUGCAUCGACGCUGCCAUUUGAAUCCUCAGCUUCCACGUCAACUUCUCCACCUGAAGCGGUUGUUGCUCAAUUAAAUCAGCUACAAGAAAGUGUUGUGUCACAUAUAUUGCAGUAUCAAGCAGGUGUCUUGGCUCAGUUUCAACAGCUACAACAACAGAUGCUCUCCGAGAUCAGUUCAUCAAACCAGCCUCAAGUAACUGUCACUCCAAUCGUUAAAAGAGAGCCAAAUGGGCGGAAACGUAGAUCAUCGUCAAAAUUUGAAUCAAGUGUUUCUGAGGAAGAUAACAGCAAAAAUGGAGAGGUGCAGUCCAAACGUAAGCGAACAGCUUUCAGCGAAAAACAGUAUGAAAUCUUAGAGACUACUUUUCAACAUAACAACUUUCCUGAACCCAUAGACCAACAUUGCAUUGCUCUACGCAUCAAAACACCAUAUCGAAGCAUCAAGAUGUGGUUCCAGAACAGAAGAGCAAGCAUCAGGAAGCGCAUGAUGCCAAAGGAGAAGGGUACAGAGGAAGAUACUUCAGAAAAGAAACCUGCCAAGAAUAACUGUGAUCCUGAUACCAGAUGGUAUUGUUCAGUGUGCCCUUCUACUUUUAUCUCUAAAAAAUUUUUAGAUGCCCAUACCGAAGCUCAUAAGAAGGAAACUCUUCGCUGUGCAAAUUGCUCUAUGUCUUUCACUCACAAAGUGUUACUGGAUACACACAGAAUAUCCAAGUGUACAUCUAUAUCUGGGGUAGACCUUUCCCAUCUCGAAGAUGAACGUAAAGAAUUAAAUCAAAGUCAUGAUAAAAUUAAUUUUAUUAAAGCUUUAAGCAAUGAUCCCAAAAGUUCUGAAUCCACUUGUGUCUCAUCAGCCAUGCUCCCCCUCUUGCUACAGAAAUUGCAAAAGCAUCCAAAAAAAGAGAGUGAAAUUUCAUCUCCCCCUCCACUAAUUGAUCCUAAUUCUCUUAAUCAAGUGUCACUUCCAAAAGUAGAGAACCCAGUGAUUCUCCAACAACAACGGCUGAUGCAGCAAUUGUUGCUGGCACAACUGCAACAAGCAGCUCAGUUGAAAGCUAAGCAAGAGUCAGAAGACCAAGACACGGCAAAAGAAACCGAAAAUGCAAAUGGUUCUUUAACUUUGGGGGGACUGACGAUAUUCCCAGUCAAAUCAUCAAAACCCACAAUUGAAAUAAAAGAAGAACCCAAAUCUGUUGAAGAAUUAUCAGAUCUCCAGCCUUCAACACUUCAUGAUCAGAUCGCAAAUAUUCUUGAAAAUCAAGGUAUCAAGUCAUCACUGAAAUGUGAGGAGGAUGAAGAUUCCAAAUGUGGGUCUAGAGAAUCAAUGAAAGAACAGAUUCAGGCAAUUUUACGUCACCAAGAAGAGCAAAGAAAGAAAUCACUGAAAACGGUAACUCAAGGUACUGGUAUACAGGCUGAGGAAGCAGUGGACCUGGAAAGUUUAAGGCGCCAUCGCAGAAGAACAACAGUGUUCAAUGAGGUGCAAUUGAGGACAUUGUAUAUGCAUUUCACACACUGCAAUUUCCCUGACCCUGCAAUGUUCAAAAUCAUUGGUCAUCUAGUAAAGUUAGAUCCUCAAGUAAUCAAAAUAUGGUUUCAGAAUGAACGAUCUAGGCAGAGAAAACGUGCAAUGCAUAUUGUUGAUGAAGUAAGUGCCAAACAUAAGCCAUAUAAAUGUAAAGAUUGUGGGAUGUCAUUUGCUAUGAUGACUUUCUUGGUAAAGCAUAGCAUGCGUCACAUUGGGGAAACUGACCAGGAUGCAAAUGUCCGUACUUGUCCUCUUUGUCUUCAGAAGUGGAAUAAGGAAGUGUUUUCGUCCCAUCUUAAAAGUCGUCAUAAUGUAAAUCUUAGCCUUGUUGAGGAGAGGUGUCCAGGCAGCUUGAAGUGUUAUUUGUGUUCGGAAUCAUUUCCAGAUCAGGAGAACCUUAUGAUUCAUAAGCACAAGCAUUUAAAAGAUGAGUAUGGUGAUCCUCCUCAGUGUUCAAAGUGUAAAACAACUUUUGUCAAUGCUAUUUGCCUUGAGGCUCACAUGGAAACUCAUGAAACUGGGGAAUGGAACCAUAAGUGUAAUCUGUGUGAUGCAUUAUUUCAUGACAAAGUGUUACUUACUUCCCACGAAAUGGGACACGGUGUACCCUUGGCUCCUGUGAGCACCAUUGAUCGUUCAAGAAGUCAGCUUCAGCAUUCAAACAUUAGAGCUAUUAAUGCAAUAGCUAGAAAAACUGUUGCAUCUGCCAUUGAAAGUCUGAACAGUUCAACUGAAAGCAUUGAGGAGCAGUCUUCUGACAAUGAAGUAGCAAAGUCGGAGAAAAGUAUUCUCUCCAUAAAAUCCAGCAUGCUCUCCAAGAAUUUAUCACCUGAACAUUCCAUCCCAACAGGCACCACAUCAAAAACAGCUUCAACAAACACACCUACUGUGUCCACUGUGGUGGCUACCAUGACCUCACCAACAGUGUCAACAGCUCCUAUCAGUAAUGUGAUUACUCCACCCACUGGUCCUGUUAGUUAUGUAAAGCUCAUUCCUGUUCAGUUGAUUCCUACUAAUCCUGUACCCAGCUCACAGUCAGGUACACCUCCAGCUGGUGUUAUCACUGGGCCAACCACAGCUUUCUUGUCUGUUCCGGUGAACUUUUUUGGUACUGGUGAUGCUUCUAGUAAUCCUGUCUUCAGCCAGAUUUUUGACCCGUCUAGCAGUGCUUCAAAGGUUUCCCCUGAUGAAAAAUCAAACAAGAAGAAAUCUUUACCAAACUUGAUUCCCAUUAGUGAUGUUGGUGUCAGUUUUAUCAAGAAAGAAGUAGUAGAACCAAAUGAAGAAAAAACUCCUGUCAGCGAUACUAAACUUGAAAAUGAGGGGAGUAAAUCCAUACAAGCUAUGGACUGUGUCGUAAAGGAGAAAAAAGAAUAUGUUCCUGAUUCAGCUUCCUCAGUUUCAGAAGGUGAAAUAAAUGAAGAUAAUGAUGAAGCUCAUGAAAACACUGCCGAUGCUACAGUCAGUUCUCAUGAGAACAAACCUUUAAAUGACAGUCAGGACACGGGAAAAAUAGUUUCAGCUGAAGUGCCUCCGAAAACUUUAAUGGAAGAUGGAAAUUGUGAAUCUGAAGACAAGUCUGUACUGGAAGGAAGGACGUCAUCUGAAAUUCAGUCAGCUCAACAGGUAAUUUUCAAAUUAACAAGUAAGAAAAGGUAUGUACCAAUACUGCCAUUACUUCCGCUGCAGUUGGCUACGAAGGAACCGAGGGUAAAUUCAAGAAACCUAACUCCUGAGACACCAGUACCUCAACGACCAAAAAGUUCACGUAACGUGCCAAACAAAAGACUGUGGGAGGCAUAUAAAGUUGACAGAUACAAAAGAAGGAGGACACCAACUUACUUUUCUGGUAGUCAGCGGGAGAUAUUGGAGGCCCAUUUCGACCAUGAUAACUUCCCUGAUCCAGGAGAGCAGUUGGCCAUUGCUGAUCAGUUAGGUGUCAGUUAUCCUGUUGUCAAAACUUGGUUCCAGAACACACGGAAAAACUUUAGGAAACAGUUGAAAUUUGAAAAGCUCAUUCCAGCUGGUGGGCCCUUCCACUGUCAGAAAUGUAAUGUGGCAUUUAUCAGUGAAGUAUCUCUUCAUGAGCAUUCUGAAGUUCAUAACGUUGUGACGGGCAUUAAAUGUCAAGAGUGUGAUAUGAGCUUCUCUCAUCAAAGUGUUCUCAAAACACAUCAUGCUGUUACCCACAAGAACGCAAAAUUAGGGGAGGCUAUUAGAAGAAAGAAGUAUGGUGUGGAUAUCCUCGAACGGUUUUCGUCUAGUCAAGGUCGCUUUGAUGGAGAAAACGAAGAAGUCAGUGAUUCCGAUUCUCCUGAAGAAGAGAGUGAGGAUGGUGUAACAAAUGGUCUGAUGGAAAUAGGAUCAGUGAAGGUGGAAAGGUCUAUGGACGAUUCUCUUGAUGGGGAAGAUUAUCAUCCCAUUAUGGCAGUUGAAUGCAUUUUAGACAAUUCAGAAGGAGAAGAUGGAGUCCAGAAAUCAGAGGAGUCUUCUGAACAGUCAGGUCAUAAGUGCUGUUCAUGUGGUGAAAGUUUUGCUUCUUUCAUAGCUCUAAAAGAGCAUAAUUCCCUUCAUUGUGCCAGCCAGGGGCCAUUAAAACCAGGACAUUUUAGAAGAAGAAAAAAGUUAUUGGGUAAAAGGAGAGUCAUUGGCAACAGCAUUCGGUGCUUUGACUGUUAUAGGGUUUUUCCCGAACGAAACAGUUACUUGGAACACUUUCGCACUUUUCCUUGUUCUUCUAAUACUAGCACAAAGAGAAUUGAGUAUACUGAUGAAGAGCAGAGGGUGCUUGUUACACAUUAUGAUGGAAAUAACUUCCCUCUGCCAUCUGAAAUGAGUUUGCUUGCCAGGCGUCUUGGAGUUCGAUAUAGACAAGUUAUGCAUUGGUUCCAAAAUCGUCGUAGCAAGGAAAGGAAGAAAAUAAAAGAAGGAGGAAAGUUACCUCCAGUUGAAUGCCACCGAUGCAAGGCAUCCUUUGUCACAGAAGAAAGCUUAAGUCGUCACAAAAAACUAGCGCACGGGGAAGUAAACAACCCUGGAACUGAAGCUGAAGCUGAGACCCCACUAAUGGAGCAUGCAUGCACUACCCCUGGCUGUGGAGCUUUCUUUCCAAAUGAAGAACUGUUGGUCACACACAGUUUAGCCCAUCAGAUAGAUGUUGAUGCUGUGCAAACAGAAGAGGAAGAAGAUGACCACAAACUUCCAAACUUGGGACCAACAACGCUCUGGAAGGACUUUGCAGUGCUGGAGGCUCAUUACAGUGACAAUAAUUUCCCAGAUCCCAUGGACAUUGGCUUUAUAGCUCGGCGACUGCAAGUUGACCCUCUUCACGUACAUUUGUGGUUUAAGGAACGACGGAAGCAGCAUAUCCGUAAAUUGGAAGAGAAUGGAACCAAGGUGAUGGAAGGGGAGACGGCUGUUAGUACACAGAAAGCUUUGAGUAAAGUCUGUUCUAAAUGUGAUGCUGCUUUCAUUUGCCAGAUGGAUUUAGACACCCAUGAGGAUAUGCACAAAUCCUCCUGGUCUCAGGUAUGUAGCAUGUGUGGUGCAGAAUUUAGUAAUGUUGUUGUCCUGGAGACUCAUUGGAUUCGUCACGGUAUUGAAGUGAAGAGGCAAAGUCCAGAUAGACCAACAAAAGCUUCCUUCAGUAAUGCUCAAAUGGAGGUACUGGACACUCAUUAUGAGCACAAUAAUUUUCCAAUGUCACUUGAGAUUUGGCUCAUUGCCAUGAGGUUAAAUCUGCGCCCGAGACAAGUAACCCAUUGGUUCCAAAAUAAGCGAGGUAGGGACCGGAGGGUUCAAAAGAUAACAACCGCCUCUUCUCGCAUUUGUUUGCACUGUGGAGCUUCUUUUAUAUGUGAUGAAUUUCUUGAAAAGCACAUGCAGACACACAAAAUUGAAUCAAGAUUCACUUGCUCAGAAUGUAAGGUAGUAUAUCUGUCAGCUGUAUUGCUGGAAACUCAUUCACUCUAUCACACUAGCAUCCCUAAGUAUAGGCUUCCACGCCGAUGUAAUGACGGUGUAAGGGAUCCAAUGACUGAGGGUCAAGUAAAAAACACCAGUAAUUUAGAAGUAGUGGAAGAACAAUCUGAUAGUAGUGAAGGAGAGCUGAGAAUUGAUGAGUCUGAAAAUUUCACAAUUAGUAUUGAGAAUAAUGAAGAUGAACAUGAAAGUGAGGAAACAGAAGUCUUGAGAGGUCAAGACGAAGCCAUUGAUGAUGGUGAUGGAAAGCAUCCAGGACCUGAAAGUGAAUCUUUUGUAGAAAGGGAAGAUGUUGAGGUUUCUGAUGAUUUCACAGACAGAAUGGAUAAUGAUCCAGCUGAUGGGGAGAGAGUGACGGAAGAUUUUGAGCUACAGUCCUCUGAUGAGAAAGAAGAAGCAGACACCCUGAAAGUAAACUUUGCUAAUAAUAAGAAGACUAUUCGAGAAGAGGUUUUCUUUGAUGAUAACAGUGACAGCAGUGAUGAUGAUGAGGAUGAACCAAGGUUAAGAAUUGUGAGUGCCUACACUAUAAGUGGUAAUCCUGAAGAUAUGGACUCAGAGGAAGAUUUAUAGAUCUAUGUAGUGUAAUGUGAUUUCAUUACUGUUUAUGAGUGAAUUUCAUCAUUAUUGAAAGGUUAUAUUCAAUAUUCUUUAUCUACUUCACAAAACGUAAUUACAGUUGUAUUCUAUUGACAAGAAUUAUUUAUUUUAUGUAUGGCAUAAUGAAAGCAGUGGCAUACAAGAAUGCUAUGAAAAUCUUUUACACUUUUUUCUGAAAACAGAACAUGCAAGUCAAUACUUCAUAUGUAUACUUUGAGAGCUGAGUGAUUCACAAGUUUUUGUUUAAACUGUGCAAGUGAUACCUGUAAUCAUAUAGAGCUUUGAAAACUAGCUCAUAUGUUAUUUUUAUGAUAUAUGUAACACCAUGUACCUGCUCAGCCAACAUGCAAUACAUUUUGGCAGUCUCAGGAACCCUGAUGAAUGCAGAUGAUACUCAGAUUUCAGUUUUUUUUUUUAGAUGUACAGUAUGUCAUUUGGCUCAUGACAUCAAUUUUAAUAGGGUUAGGACAAAACUAGGCAUUGUCUGAGUGUGUAUGUACAUUGUUUUCUAGGAUUGUAAGAUGUAUGUUGCUCAAGAUAAUGUGAUUUAAACAACCACUUAAAAUUGCUAUGUGAAGACCUCAUGAAUUGAAUUUAAUGGAUUAUUUCUAAGCCAUUCUGCUGUGAUCAGUAGUGUACAGUACAUAGAGUACUUGAUCUUGCUCUUUGGGAUCUGAGCGGCCAUUUCUACCAUCUUGUUUUGUAUGGUUGUAUGCCUCUCCAAGAUUUAAAAAAAAGUAAAAAAGUCAUUACAUAUUGGGGUCUUGCAAAAAUUCUAAUGGUAAGAAAUAAGUACGAAUUGGGAAAAGACAAGUCGAAUUUGCAAUAACAUACCAGAAAUACCAGCAAGUUACCACUCUUAAUGAGUUUUGGUUUCUGAGAAAUGUACCUUUACCACUCUUAAUGAGUUUUAGUUUCUGAGAAAUGUAUUUAUUACUGUCUCUGUACAGUACUUUUUUUUUAGCAAGGUCUAACGUAACCAGACUUUGAUAUUAAUCCUCAAAGUUGAAAUGCUGAGAAUGAGAAUGUCAGAAAUGGUUGCUGAGAUCAAAGUUUUUAAAAGUAGACUUUUUUUUUUUCUGAGUACAUUUUCAUGUGUUUUAAGUAUUUUAAGUUCCAUGUGUUGUACCUCUGCAGAUUGCAAGUAAGCAUAUUGUUAGGUGCAGUGUUAAGUCCAUGUUCACGAUAGAAAUCAAUUGUUGAAAGAUUGAAAAAGUUGCUAUUGGUAAAAUGCAAGAUUUACAGCUUCAUUUACCCCUUUGCGGGACUUAAGGCAUGUAGCUAUUUUUAUUUAUUUUUUAGUAGGCUGUGUUUAGGGAGAUUGAAUUGAUGAGGUUUUUGUACUAUUGUUAUUGACCUUUGUUGUUGUUGGUCACUAAGUGUAAAAUAUUAAAGCCAUUUCAUAAAUGGAACACAAUAAAAUUUUGUACUUCCUAUAGGAAUGCAAGCAGACUAUCUAAUAGUACAGGGUUGAUUAUAUCUAUCACACAGAAUAGUUUCAUCACCUCAGAUAAUGAGUUAGGGGAAUAUGCAACAAAGCACAGGUCUUGAGUAUUAGAAUUUCCUGUGAUAUUACUGUGUUAUGGAGUUUGCGGAAACUUCUUGAUAUUAUUGGAAAUUCAUCAAGAAUCUUGGUAGUCAUAUGCAAUGAAGUGCUUGUUAGCAUAAGUUGGUAGUCAUGUGUGGUAGGUGAGUUUUACUUAAAUGCAUCUGCAUAGCUUUUUCAAUGUCAACUUUGUCUUUUUCACUUUUCCCACCUUGGGAUUGCAGAUUAGUGGUGUAUAUGGUUAAAUAAAGUCUUACCUAUUUGUAUUUACUGAUCUGUGCACAUAUGUGAUUUUUUAGCUUUAUUUAGGUGAAAGUGCCAUAAUUCUUUCAUUUUACGUGUAAAUUUCUGUAGAGAAUGAUCGAUUAUUUUUCCCUGUGACUUUUGCUGAUUUUAAAGCAUGAUAUUCAGCCUUAAGCAGAGCAUAUUUAUCUUGAAGUCAUCUUCGUUUUAUUUUGGCAUAUAGGAAACUUCUUUUUUUUUUUCCCAAAGAAAACAGGGUAUGAUUGUAAGGUAAAUAACAAAACAGUAGUGUAGUAGAGUUGGAAGUGUUAUGUACUUGGAAAUUUAAUCAAAUGAUCAGGUGUUUACAUUUACUAUACUAAAUUUGCUUUGUUGGUACAAACUUGGAUCCCCUCCUGAAGCUGGAUGGUUUGAAUGUACUUUUUGUUGUGCACUAAAUCUAGAAAGGUGAAUGGCUAAUUGUUUGACUAAACUAAAACUGUAUGAAAUGCAUUGAUUGAUUUGUUGUCAUCACCUGAUUACAUUUUGUGCCUUGAAGUUUCUCUCUCAUUCCCUCCUCUCCAGUUGGGAGUUCUAAUAAUAAUAGAAAUUAGAUGUGUCAAACUUCAAAGAAGCAAGGGAACUGCGAAGGCUGUUUGAUGAAUUUGUGGUAAAGAAUAUUAAUAUGACUUAUCAGGCCGUAAACCCAUUAAAUGCUGUUUACUGGCAAGUGAUGGCUUCUGGAACCUGAUGAUUUGUAGAUAUUUCUUCUGUGGUGUUAAAAAAAACUAGAUGUUACCACGAUACUGACCUGCAAUUGAACUUUGCCAGUUUUUUAUUUUUUUGUUUUUCUCAGCACACAGCCUGUGGUAAUAGUAGAAUCUUUGUAAACUUUUAUUGUCAGUAGUUUGUGAACAGAAUUUAUAUCCAUUUAUAUAACCCCCACUCUUAUAACUUCAGUAGCAGUGAUUGUGGGUAAUUCUAACACCUAGUGUUUUUUUUUACCUAAAUUUCUAUACUAAGAAACAUUUUUGUUUAUUUUAUAAAUGUCUGUCAGUUGUUUUGAUAAUAUAUCUUAAGUAAAGUGGAUUUUACAUUUACGAAGGACAAUUUAAUUAAUUUAAUGUGAAUGAGUAAGCUUGAUUUCUGCUUGGUAAAGGUCAUAAGGAUGAGCUUCUUAGUGUUUAGUAGUUUCUUUGUAUUUUCCUUGUAUGAUUAAAAUGUAUUUAUUUAUGUCAAUUAGUGUUAAAUGCAUAGGUAUUGCUUAUUGUUACACUAGUGACAUUUUGGAUAGAACAUUUAUAUGUAGCUUUUGCGUGCCAUUUAAUUUGCCAUUAUCAUAUUGGUGGAAUCACAGUGCAGUAUAUUGAAAUAACGUCUUUUUAAUUAAUGUUAUGCAGAAAAAUAUUAUGGAUUUUAUCGUUUUAAGUUUAUGGUGGCAGUAUUUCUGGUUGCCUGUGAAGAAACUUUUUAGUUUUGUUGCAAAUAGCCAUGAUGUAAUGAAUUCUCUUGAUAGCCACGUAGGCAGUGCCAGUUUUUCCUUUCCAGAUACUAAGAAUCUCAUUUUGCAUUCUGCCCCUACGGUCUUGUUGACAGUAGAUCUCUAAUACUUUGAGCUGGUAGACAGUCCCAAUGAAAAGUUGCAUGACUUUGUAGGAGGUAAGGUAAAAAGUAACAUAAGUAUACGGGCAGGCAGUGCUGGAAACCAAGUACGUAUAUGUAUCUAAACCCCUGCUGUUAAACUUUUGCUUCAUUUAAAAUAUUGCCAACUAAACCUACAACAGCCUCAAGUUGAUAGAGCAUACAGGGUUAAUACAAGUUAUUAAAUUACUAUUAGAGAUCUAUACUCAAAAAUUACACGAGAACCAGCCCAAGAAGAGUCUGCAUAAGACUCAGAGGUCUGGAAAAACUAAGCCCUAUUGAUAGUAUGAAGCUGCAUUAAGUAUUGACAUGUUAUCUCAUAACCAUUUGCCAUCUUAGUAGACAUUAAUUUUGACAGAAUCCAUUCUACAAAUUAUGUACAACAUUUAGCUUUGUUAUUAGAUAAUCAUGAACUGCACAAAAUUAUUAUCUAUUAGAAAGAAUAGUGAGAGUUAUAAGAUAGAAGAUUCUAUGCAUUGUCAUUAAAUACAGAUGUAAUUAAGCAAUAAGUGGUAUGAUGAUACAUAUAAGGAAUUUUAUUAUACAAGGGCUGUCAAGUAUUGCUGAAAUUCUUAAUGCUGUAUUAUUAUUUUUUUAUAUCUAGGAGUGCAUAGAAUUUUCUUUAAAUUGUUGAUUGCAGUAUAAUAUUGACUUUCUUUAUCUCGACUGAAGACUUUCAAAAUUGUUUUUAAAGUUAAGGAGGAUAUUGUUGCCCAGUGAUUGUUGCUUGUGGGUCCUGUUACUUACUCUUUCACAGGCAGAAAGUGAUUUACCUGUUGGAGAAUUGACCUCUUCUACCUUGCUAAUACAUCAAAUAAACUCCAUACUAAUCAGGAAGCCUAAUUAAUUAAAUAAUACUUCUUCAUAAUUUAUUGGAGGACUAGUAGUUCCAUUUUCCUCAGCGUCUAAUCAGUUUGCUGAUAUGUUUAACUGUCUUCAAUUUUUAUUUAAUGCCUGAAGGUAAUUAUUUUUAAUCCAUAUGGAUUAUGAUGUGUUUACUCAUCCAUAUUACAGAAUGUAUCCAGUUUAUAUUGUUGUGGGCUAUUUAGGUAAAAUAUGGAAAAUGGCGCUAUAACUUGUAUGAAAAAACCUAUAAGAAAAUUCUUAUUUAUUUUGAAUGGUGCCCAUCCUUAUUAUUCAAUUAUUAUUACAGUUAUAAUUGCAAAAAAGAUGUUUGCUUUGGUUCCAUACUCUGUACAGUACUGUAUUGGUUUGAGGUCUUAUAAGUGUAGAAAAGGGUCUAUGAAAAUUCAUUAUUAUUUUAGGCAAAGAAAAUUCUUAAUUAGGAGUAGUGUAAAAUUUGCUUGGAAAGUAAUUCUACAUUACAUAUAUGUGUAAUUUUUUCUAGACUGAACUCAUUUGUUUCAUUAGGUUAUUUAGAUAACAUUUGUCAUGAUAGACUUCUUUUUGGUUAUUAAUAUUCAUCAAUUUGUUUUUUAUAGUUGUUAAAGUUUCAUUGGCUUAUAGAAAAAAGAUAAUGAAUGGUAAAUAUAUUGGGGUAACUUUAGUUCAGGAAUAAGGUGAAGUUUUAGAAAUUUGGUUUUAUGUUUAUACUAGUUCUCCCUUUGUUCUGAAAUAGGGUCAUAAUGUAUCAUCAUGCUGAACCACUGAAAAAGAAGUAUGCAUUUAAAUUUUUGUAUUGCACUACAGUCUUGGAGCUUUUCCUCCUUAGAGUAGUCUUAACCUGUAGGAUUGAUCUUUUGCCCUUAAUACCUUGAACUACCCCAAUGUUUCUUGUACAGCACAGUACAGUAUCAAGAAGAUUUAAGAUUUUUAAUGGAUGUAACUUUUUUCAAAAGUCUCUCCAAUUUAUUAAGUUAACAUACCUGUUUGCUUGCAGUAGAAAGAGAAAUUGUUACAGGCACUGCCUACUACAUCUUUCUGUGACCUUUUUAUAAUUAUAUUCCUUUGUUUUACUGUUAAUUCUGUUAUUUUGUAAAUGAUACUCAUGAUUGUUUCAUUGAAUGAUUAAUUUUGCAGUUAUAUGAAAUUCCAAACAUUCAAUUAAUUUGUGAUUGGUAGGAUCUCGUCAUGCAAUAGCUUCUCUGAAUAAUGAAUUAAUUGUGAAUUACUCAUAGAAUAUUUGUUUGUAAAAAAGAGAAUUUACUAGAUAUCUUGCAUCAUGGAUUCAGUAUACGAGAAUUGUUGGAAUGACUUUGUUUAAAGUGUUUGUUGUUUGAAUUGGUGGUUUGGAGGAAGUAGAAUUCCUUUCAAUUGACAAUAAUGUAACAUAUGUUUAAGUCAUUUUGGGCCUUGCAACCUCGUAUGAAGUUUGCUCAAGCACUUCACAGUCAAGCAGUAGCGUAGAUUUGCUAUAAAGUGAGGCUUAAUAGGAUUUAUCUCCUCUAGAAGACAUUUGCUUCACAUCUUUAUUGUGUUCAUCCAUGUUUUAUGUGUCAAGGAUAGGUCUACACGAGGACUCCACUCUUUGAAGCAUGUAUUGUACUGUCCUGUUGUACUUAAGGUGUUACAUGUUGUUUGUUAUCCAUAGCUAUAAGGUCUUGAUAUUUUUAGAAUUUUAUGGAAUUCUUUUUAUACAGUCUUUAGGAAAAAAUUUGUAGAGACAAUCUUGGUGGAAUCCUUAUUAUAGCUAUUCAGAUUUGGUUAAAUUAUUAAUAUUUUCAUACCUUGAAUGUUUGGCCUAAUGCUUCAUAAGGGAAGUUGAUUUUGUUUUUUGGCCAUUGUUUAGUCAAGUACAUAAAAGCUUUGGUUGAUUUGUGUGUUUAUUGUUGCAUUGUACUUAGAAAUACUUGUUAUUAAAUUUGUGCAUUAAUAUACUGAUUAAUUUAUACUUUGUAUUGUAUGUUGAUUCAUUGCACUAAACAAUGUACUUUAAUUUAUUCAUGUCAUGCAAGGCAUUACAAAGUCACAAUUAUGAAAGUAAUUCAAAUUAUCUUUAAUCCUGAGGGUCCAUUUAGCUUGUACUGUUAAUUUAGGGAAUUAAAUCCUUAGUGUGUGAGACCAACUCCCUUCCAUAGACCUUCAUGUAAAAUUCCUCAGUUUUGUAGGAUGGAUCCUUUUUAACUGUUAUUGAGCAGGUUUCUUCAUCAACUAACAAUGUGUUAGUCAUAAGGUCACACAGAAAAUUAGUGUUGCAGUCAUAGUCAGAUGUUUGCCAUGUAGUACAAGUAAGUUAUUUCUAAUUUACAUUUAUUUUUUGCUUGCAGCUGAAAAUUACUUGAAAUUUUUUAAUAUUCUGUAGAGUUUUGCCAUUAAAAGGCGUAGAUUUUAAA